AUGGCGCCCCGCCUCGAGACGCUCAUCGUCAUCGCCCGCCAGCAGCAGGGCUGCUGGGGCCUGGACCUCCGCGCGGCGCGCGGCCACCCUCGCCUCGCCAACCUCGUUUUCUCGGCCCCAGAUGACGGCGACGACGUGCCUGGCAGCGUGCCGCCGGGAAGCAGGCGCCGCGUAGGCGGCGGCGGCGGCGACGAUGAGGGCAGCUUCCCUGCGGCCGCGACGUGCGCGUUUGCGGGCGCCGAGCUGCUGCCGGCGCUGCGCAGCGUCGCGCUCAGAGGGGACGCAUUCUUUGGCGGCGGCUACGUAAGUGGCGUCGAAGCGGCCUGCACACUAUAUCAGGUGGCCGCCGCGCUGCCGCCGUCGGUGACUGACCUCGAGCUCGACCUGCCCCGCCGCCAGCUGCCCGCGGCGCACGCGCUGCCGCUGCUCGGCGCCGCGCUCGGCGGCAAGCUUGAGCGGCUGGCGCUCGGCAGGUGCGAGCUGCCUGGAGACGGGGCGGAGGCGGCGCGCGCGUGGCGGGGGCUGGGGCUGUUUGAGAGGCUCCAAUCCCUGGAUAUGGAGGCGGCCAGCUGGCGCCCUGCCAUGCUGGACUCGUUUGAGGGCCUCGCCGCCGCGCUGGCGCGGGGCGACCACGGCGGCCGCGAGGAAGCUGCCAGCGCGGGGCAUGCGGCGGAGGGGGCGGCAGCGCUGCGCUUGCGGGCGGUGACUGUCGGCCUGCCUUGCGGGGCGGCGGGCGCCGAGGCGGCGGCGCGGCUGCGGGGGCUGGAGGCGCAGUGCGGGGGUGCACUGCGGUUCCGGCCGUGCUGUGGGCGCUGA